CCGGCCCGGGCACCGGAGCCGGAUCCCCGGAUCACCUCAGGCUGUUCCGGCCGGUGUGUCACGGUUCACAGAGCUGUGGAGAAGCGGCAGGUAUUCACCCUUCAACCUGUUCCCAACCUGUUGACUCUCACGUGCCUCUGCUCUCUCCGGGCUUAGCCUCCUUCAGCCUCCUCUCCAGCCGGCACCGGCAACAGGUUGAACCGCCCGCCCGGCUCACAGCUCCGUGAGCCCGUUUCGCUUGAACCACCUUCUCUGUUGCUGCUUGAGGCGCGAGUGGUGUACGUUGAGUUCGGCGCGCGGGGCGGCCCUGCUGGGCGGAGCAGAGCGAGAGAAGCAGCAGGAGAAGGUGGGCGGUGUUCGUCUGCAGAUCACCUGAGAUAAGAGAGGCUGCUGGCUUGCCUUCCCAUCCCUUCAGCAGCUGGGGGUUGUUUGAAAAACGUGGUUUAUUUAUCAUAAUCCAUUUUGGAGGAUCUUUUUAACUUUGUGGAAGAAUGAGCGUCUACACUGUAUCGCUUCCCGGCCCCGGCCCCUGGGGCUUCAGGAUGCAGGGAGGCAAGGACUUCAACAUGCCGCUGACCAUCUCCAGGAUUACUCCAGGCAGCAAAGCAGCACAGGGAAACCUGAUCCAGGGUGAUGUCAUACUCGCCAUCGAUGGAGUCAGCACGGAUGGGAUGACCCAUCUGGAAGCCCAGAACAAGAUCAAAAUGGCCCACCAUAACCUGGCACUCACAAUGACCAAGUCAAAACGCCCCGUUCCAAUGGCCACGCCAAGAAUGGAUGCUGCUAUUCCCUUGAUCCCUCACCAACAGGUUUUCCCCCCGGCUGCUCCCAACGCUGGCUUCAACCCCGCCCUGGACACUGCCCUCUCCACUCAUAAGCCCAUCGAGGUGAAGGGCCCAGGUGGUAAGGCCACUAUCAUCCAUGCCCAGUACAACACACCCAUCAGUAUGUACUCACAGGACGCCAUCAUGGACGCCAUUGCAGGGCAGACGCAGGCCAAGGGGCACGAAAUGGGCAUGUACGGUCGGCCUCCUGCCAUGCAUCAGCCUCCGCACAUCCCGCCUCCUCAACAGUACCAGCCAAUGCCACAACAGUACCAGCACCCUCCUAUGCAACAGGCCCCGCCCACCCAGCAGAGCUCCAUUCAGAUCCCUCUUGGCUCCGCCCCUCCCAAAGUGGUCAGCACCGCUUGCAUCUACCCCUCUCAGCCAGCUCCACCUCAGCCCUGCCCCCCACCUGCUGCUCCAGCCCCAGCCCCAGCACCAGCUCCUCCUGCCUCUGCCAACAGGCCUCCGUGGGUGGCCGACACUAGCUUUGCCAACAAGUUUGACCCCAGUAAGACAACCACCACAACUAUAAAGAUGCAGCCGCUGCCCCAGGCUGCCCCUCCUCCGCCAGUAUAUAUCCCCAACCCAUCACCUGCUGCACCUGUAGCACCCAGCCCCAUCACACCAAGCCCUGCUCCCUUCUCACCUGUGGCGAGGGGUGUGGCCCAAAGGGCAGAGAGGUUUGCUGCCAGCAGCCGUACACCUCUGUGUGGAGCCUGCAACAGUGUCAUCAGGGGUCCCUUCCUUGUGGCCCUUGGUAGGUCCUGGCACCCUGAGGAGUUUAACUGUCACUACUGCCACAUGUCUCUGGCUGACGUCAGCUUUGUGGAGGAACAGAACAACGUCUACUGUGAGAAGUGCUACGAGGAGUUCUUUGCUCCAACCUGCGCCCGCUGCAACACCAAGAUCAUGGGGGAAGUGAUGCACGCUCUGCGGCAGACAUGGCACACCACCUGCUUUGUGUGUGCUGCAUGUGGCAAAGCAUUUGGAAACAGUCUCUUCCACAUGGAGGAUGGAGAGCCAUACUGUGAGAAAGAUUAUAUCGCACUCUUCAGCACCAAGUGUCAUGGAUGUGACUUCCCGGUUGAAGCUGGUGAUAAGUUCAUUGAGGCUCUGGGUCACACCUGGCAUGACACCUGUUUCGUCUGUGCGGUUUGUCAUGUGAAUCUGGAGGGCCAGCCUUUCUACUCAAAGAAAGACAAACCUCUGUGCAAGAAGCACGCUCAUGCAAUCAACGUGUAGACGAACAAGCUGCGAAUGUGCUGCUCUAGAAUCGACGGGGGCCCGUUGUGAUGAAAACAAGCCAACAACAACUUACUGAUGUGUGUGUAAACGCUCUUUAUGCAAAAUACACUUUGGUUUGAGAUGUAUUCUUUGUGCAUUAACAUGAAUGAUUCUAACAAGGCUGCCUGAUGAGUCGAAUGUUGAGAAAAUCUUGAUUGUUUUCCUUUGUCCAUCCAACCCUCUUUAUGAUGUACUGUAGUGUUUUCUUUCUUAUGUUUUCUACCAGACACUACAGUGUGUUUGAUAUUACAUAGUUGCUGUUCAGUUUAAGAUGCAGAGGAGUUCAUGUGGAGUCUUGAGUGUGCCAAAUGAUCAAAUUAUUUUAUUUAUGGCUUAGGUGACCCAUGUACGUGUUGCUUUGAACAAAACAAGUCUAUCUUUAAAAAAAGAUAGACUUUAAAAUCGUAUUUAAUUGCUCUGUAUUUUCAGUGUAUUUUGACUUUCAGAUUCAAUAUUAUAACUAAAACACAUCGAAAUUGUUUUUCUAUUAAAUUUUCUAUUAAAACAGCUCUAAUUGUCAACAAUUUAAACGCUUAUAAAUACUGAGAAAUAACUUUUUCAGUGUCACACUGAAGACUCUGUAGCUUCUACAGCAUAGCUGAUAUUUGUAAGCAGCAUUUAGUUCCCAUCAUACCUUGGAUGAUUCUCAGUACUGUGCCUAUUUUGAGUUCAAUUGUCUUGGUCUUUUGAAGGCUACCGUAGUUUUGUUUCACUUUUCCUUAACUAACUGUUUCAUUCAUUUCCAAUAAUUUUGUGUUUUGAUUUGAAAAUCCACAUGACUGUAUCUUCUCUCAGCCUGGAUCAGUCUAUAAAAUGAACUCAGGCUACUGAUGGCAGAUGUGCUGGUGGUCUGACUGCAGCUGUUUUACAGUGAACUGAACUCAGAGCGGCACAUGAAGAAGCCUUAUCUGCUCUGUGUUCGACACGUUGUUAGAGGAGAGACAGACAGUGAAUGUAACACGACCGGGUGACACUUUUCAUCAGCCUCAUUCCAGCAGGUGAGGGGGAAAACUGCACCACUGUGCUUACACAAAAAACUACCAAGUACAUUUUAUUCAGGUAUUAACAAGAGGCUUCUGUAGGCCCUAGUGAUGUAGUGACAGUGGCAGAGUAAAAGGAACAAUCUUAUAGAGAAUUAAUUUAAAGGCAAAAAGACACCAAAACUACAAAGACACAAAAUUUUAGUGAAAAACAGAAUGACUUUAAGAAGUCCAAAAUGACAACAUGAUUGCAAAGUGACUACAAAGACACUUAAAACAACUUUAAAAAGAUGCAAAAUAACUUCAAAGUACUGAAAAAAUGUAAGACGCUGACUUCAAGCACAGAAAAUGACUUCAAAGAAGUUAAAAGCUUCAAACAGAAAUGACUACAUUUACCAAAAUGACAUUAAAUAGAGACAUCAAAGGCACUCUGAAUUAGUAGUAGGAGCCACAAAAGAUAGAAGAUAGAAACAAAAAUCUUAGAGAUUCAAGAGGAGCUUGAUGACAGCAAAUACAAAAUAAAAACAAAACUGUGCCAAACAGGUAAUAAAAGUGACUUCAAAGAGACACAAAACAACUUUUUAGAGACUUAGAGUGUAAAUACAAGAAAAUUCCCCAAAGAAGGCAAACAUUCAUAAGAAAAGGCAUGGAUGGAUUUCAAAGAGAUGCAAAAUAACAUAGACCUACUUUUAUCUUUUUAAAGGGCUUCAAAAUUGGUAACAAGUUGCAACUUGUUAAUUUGUGAUUUGACAUGUUAAUGAUUUGACUUCAGUGAUUGUUACCAAUAGAUGUUUAAAAAAGAAUAAAAACAUAUCAUGAAAAUCCUCUUUUUAAAAAUAUUUUUGCACAUGCAUCAGGGUAUCCAGAGUAUCUACUGACCCACAACAUGUGAAAUGAGCCCACCCAGUUUUUUAUUCAUUGCCUGCCUAUGACUGAAAACAUGAAAUCUGAUGGUCUGUUCAGAAUCCAUGCCUAAUGUGACUAACUGAGUUACACUGACAAGAGUUGUUAGAUAAACUUUUAAAAAAUGUAUUUCAAGUGGUAACACACAGAUGAAGGUAGUUUUCCCAACUCAAAUAACAAGUUGUAUUAACACAGUUCCUUUGAGUUUCUAUGAUUUCUUUGAAAGUGAAAAUAUUCAUUGGCGCAACUUAAAUUUAAUGCAAGUCAGCUUAAAGUUUACAGUAAUUCCCACCCAAUGAUUAACUUCCCCUACACUGUAAAACCAAACAAGCUGAAAAUACUCUUAAAUUUUGUUCAAACUGAUUAAUAAUUACACUGUAAUUUAAGUUAAAUAACACUUUGGGAACUCCGCUACACAUAAAAACUGUUUAAAUCAAUCUCAAAACGACAUGUUUGAGUUCAGUACUUUACUUUAACUGAUUAAGUUGCUCUCCACAGGACUUACGUUACUGAGUUGGUAACUUCACUUAUGGUGCAAAAGUGUCUAAUGCCCAACGGCGUUCUGGUAAAAAUCAUGCAGAUUAAGAAACGAUUGUCAAAUAAUUUGAGUACAAUGCAAAAAAAAAAAAAAUUUAGAAUGAUUAAGCACUUUUUACUUAAAACUAAAAAUGUGCUUUGGCAGCUCAGAAAAAUAGACCAAAAUUCUAUUUUGAAAGUAUUGUAUUUUUAACUUAACACAACUCAUUUUUUAAACAACCUUCUCCUGUUUGGUCUUACAGAGUAGCUGGUCUGGCUGUUUAAUCAUUUUAAAUUAAGCAACAGGAAAGGUGGAAAAUAAAUGUACAUUAUGACAUCAGACACAAAGAAACAAAACUUAAGUGAAACCUAACUAAUGCGCUUUACCUGAGCUCAUAGUUCUACUCACAAUUUCCCAAAAAAGUACACUACCAUCGCUAAAGUAUAAACUGGAUUAGAUUCAUUGCAUUACAUUGCUUCAACACUCAAAUACACUUUUCGAGCACAUUGCCAUACCAGUCACUACCCAGACAUCUCCACCCAACAGUCAUGGAAGCACGAAGCUAUUCUUGUGUUGACUGAACCCGUUAAGGAAAGGGGCGGAGUGACUUGCAUUUAAAGAAACCUCCACCAAAGCUUCUGAAAAAGGUUGAGCUGGUUUCUACAGGGUCCUCUGGUGCUUGAUUUCUAUCACAGUUUGGGCAAGGCACAAUAAAGACAUCUCAUUUAGGCCACAGGGAAAUAUUUAAAGGUAGAAAAGAGGUCAUAUUUGUCGCCUUGAGUAGAUCCACAAUAUCUUUUUUCAGUGUUGUUUUAUGACCUUGGAUAUCAUGGAACAAAACAUCCAGAAAGAGACACACACCACCCAAAUGAGGCACAAAGCUACACAAUAUGACUCCAAAGAGGCAAAAAACAACAGAGAUGAAAAAUGGCCUCAGAUAUCCCAGAUAUUAUUGGUUUAUUUGGAGUAGAUUUUCCAGGUGAACAUGCUCAGGUGAGGCUGCUGCAGAGUGUCAUUUUGUGUCUGACAAUGUGAUUUUUAACUAACAAUCCUUUGAGUUCACAUACAGUAGGUGUUACUAUGCAACCUUGAAUUUCAUAUUUAUUGACUAUUUUGUCUGUGUGCUAUUUAUUUAAAGCUAAUAUAUCAUCACUGCUGCAUUCAGUGCUCAUGAAAUUAUCAUUGUAAUUUUGUUUUGUGGAUGUUUGGCAUCACAAGAUGUAUUUUAAAGUGUUGAUACAUUUUUUUUUGUAAUUAUUCCGCUAAUGUUUAUUGCUAUCCUUAAAUGUUAGGGUUUGAAUGUUUAUUACAAUGGCUUCUCUUACUACAGGGACAUUUGAUUACUCCGGUCACCCUACAGGCCUUUAGACCAGUGGUUCUCAACUGGUGGGUUGUGGAGCUGUUUUCAGGGGGCUAUGAUUGUGUACCUGGGAAAAACAAUCACAGCAGAGAGGCUACGAUACAUAGAAGCUGUAUGAUUGGAAAUGCUGGACUUCCAUGCAUUAUUUUACCUGCAUUGUUAUUUCAAGAUCUUGAGUUAUUUCUUUCUUGUCUUGUAAUAACAGUGCUACUUUUUCCAUUAUAAUGUGUCAGUUUUUCUAAAAAAAACAAACCAAACACAUUAUUAUGGGAAAACAUAGAGUAAAAUAAAAAGAAUGCAUACAUUUCCUUCCUGGGCUUCUGUAAUAGUGAACUUCUAACAUUUGAUUUGUCCUGUCUGUUUAUUCACAUGUUUUGUUCUGUUUAGGGUCCACUUUGCAACAUUUUUCUUUUAUAAACAUUUAAUUGGUUAAAUAUUCUAAUAAAUUUCUCAUUAUUGAGUUAGAGGAAGGUUCUUAAAAUGGACCAGUAGAGAACCACUGCUUUAGACCGAUCAUUUUUAGAUGAGAAGCUGUUAUUUAAUAUUUGGAGGAUUUUCUAUUUUCUUUAAUGCAGCUCUUGUUUUUUUUAGCAGCCUCGGGUGGCCAUUAGAUGAACUGCAUUUUACAUCUUAUAAAACUUCCUGAUUCCUUGGAAACUUUUCCCUGAUUCUUUAGGUUUGUUGAAUUGUGAUCCUUUAUAAAUGUAAAAGAAGGGGCUUUCUAUCUAAUAAGGGCAAAAAUGCUUAUUUGAUAGUUUAUUUAAUAAGGAGGGAAACAAAGUAAAUUCAAACCUCCAAACAAGCACUGUAAUAUUUGCUGUGAACAAAGCCUCAGAUAAAAGCUGCAGACUGAUCUGAGACAAGAGGACUUUGAUUUGAGAAAUCUAUUUUCUUUGAAGUUAAACCACUUUAACACAAGUUUCUUCUGGGAAAUGAAAAACGUUGAUACACUUCUCCCUGCAGCGUCUGGUGCCUUUGGCCUCCAUGUGAUCCGUUUGUCUGACCGGCACACAGACUCAGUCAGUCAUGUGUCGUGUACAGUUUUUACUUUUAAAUAUUUUAUACUGUUUUCAAAGAGUGAAUGUGUGCAUGCAGAGCGUUUGUUAAUGUUUGUCACAGCAUGUUGAUGGAGACAGAUUUAGUUAGAGAGGUACAGACCCCUCACUGUUUAACAAGAGUUUGAACCAGUUUAAUGAUCUGUAAGUAAAACUUUAUUAAUGUCACUUUGUGACUGAUGAAGCUGAAGUAACAUGAAGACUCUGCUGCUUGUUGCUGCUUUACUACAUUUGUUUAACAGGUUUUAAAUAUUUGAAGAAUAUAUGUGUUGCAAGUUGAAUAAAUUGAGCACUUCAAACACUUA